CCCUGCACUUCGUAAUUGCAAUAUUUACUCCAAAUUUCCCCUUCCUGCAUACCUCUUGGGAUUUUUCCUACAAUUAAUUCUUUUCCUGCCCUCAAUUUACACUUCUUCCACCCAAUACUACUCCAAUUCAAAUUCAAUUCAAUUCAAUUCCAUCUCUCUCCCCCCCCCCUUCUUCUCUCUCUUCCCAAUUCUCUCCGCCUCUCUCCCACGAUUUAAUUAAGCUUUAAUUGACCUACCUUCGUUUCCCUUAUAUAAAAUGGCCUCCGAUGUUCACAUCAUCCCCACAAAACACACCACAUACUAUUGGUGUUGCCGGAGCUUGAUACUAUUCUUCAAGCUUUUCCAUUUUCCUUCUGAGGUCCAUCCCCCCAGCCCAGGCAAGGCACAAACCAUGAGUCGCAGAAACGGAAGCGGUCCAAAGCUUGACUUGAAGCUGAACAUAUCCCGACCAGGGGCUGACCGGAGACUGGAGUCGCCGAGCCGAUCGACCACGGCUUCGUCGUCGUCCCCGGCGAGCUCCUGCUUGUCGUCGGAGCUGAACCAAGAAGAGAACGGUCUAAGAUACUCGAACAGCCCCGAAGCGACAUCCAUGGUGUUGGUGGGAUGCCCUCGCUGUCUCAUGUACGUGAUGCUGUGUGAGGACGAUCCAAAGUGCCCCAAGUGCAAAAGCACCGUUUUGCUUGAUUUCCUCCAUGACACCAACAAACCCGCCGGAAGGAGGAACUAGAAUAGCAUCCCGCUGUUUCCCCUUACCCAAUUUCCCUUAUGCUACUAGAACUGUAGGGCGUAGUAUUAGCUUUUUCAAUCCUAGGAAUCUCUUUCUUUUUUCUCUUUUGCUCCUCUAUAAUACUUUCCCCUUUCAAGUGCGCUCCACUUUUAUUAUCUCCUACUAUUUCAAGUGGUGUCAAACAGGGGAUUCAGAGAAGGUGAGAGAAGAGAAGCUAACGGAGCGAAGGAGAAGGUGGAGCGUGAAUAGCACUAUUCUAUUAUGGGAAUGCUGAUUGCGGAUAUCUCUGUGACCAUUUUCUGGGCUCAGCUUUUUUGCUUCGUUAGCUGCCAGUGUAAUUAGGGCUUCAAUGAAAUAUAGUUUCCCUUCAUUAUCUAAA